CCUCCAUCCUGAUCUUCCCGGCUUCAGAUGGAUCUUUUUCCCAGCAUGCUCGGUGUGUGAUGCAGCAGCAGUUUGGCAACAGUCAGGAGUCCUUGCUAAGCACUGGCUGUGUGUCCUUACUGGAACUCAGUAUGGACCAAUCAGUGAUAAUCAAACCAGUCCACUCCUCCUUACUGGGCCAGGACUACUGCUUUGAGGUGACGACGUCAACAGGAACCAAGUGUUUCUCGUGUCGCUCAGCAGCAGAGAGGGAUAAAUGGAUGGAGAACCUGAGAAGAGCCGUUCAUCCCAACAAAGACAACAGCAGGAGGCUGGAGAAUGUUCUGAUGGUUUGGGUCAUUGAGGGCAAAGACCUACCUGCUAAGAAGAGGUACUUCUGUGAGCUGUGUCUAGAUGAUAGCCUGUACGCCAGGACGUCCUGUAAGCUGAAGACAGAUACCAUCUUUUGGGGUGAGCGUUUUGACUUUAGCAGCCUGCCGUCCAUCUCCACCAUGACCCUUCACCUCUACAAAGACACAGAAAGGAAGAGGAAGAAGGACAAGAGCAGCUAUGUGGGAUUGGUCAACAUCCCUGUGGCCUCUGUGACGGGCAGGCAGCUGGUGGAGAAGUGGUACUCGGUGAGCACGCCCAGCAGCAGCCGAGGAAAGUCGUCAGGUCCAUCAGUGAGGAUCAAAGCUCGUUAUCAGAGCAUCAUCAUCUUGCCGAUGGAGCAGUACAAAGAGUUUGCAGAGUUUAUCAGCUCCAACUACCUGCUGCUGUGCAGCAGCUUGGAAGCGUCCAUCAGCCUGCGAGCCAAAGAGGAGCUCGCUGCAGCACUGGUCCACAUCCUACACAGCACAGGCAAGGCUAAGGACUUCCUCACAGAUCUGAUGAUGUCAGAAGUGGACCGUUGCAGAGAGAAUGACCAGCUGAUCUUCAGGGAGAACACACUGGCAACAAAGAGCAUUGAAGAAUACCUGAAGCUUAUUGGACAAAAGUACCUGCAGGAUGCACUGGGGGAGUUCAUCAAGGCUCUUUAUGAGUCCGAUGAGAAUUGUGAAGUUGACCCAUCUCGCUGUGCCGCCUCUGAGCUUGCAGAGCAUCAAGCCAACCUGAGGAUGUGUUGCGAACUGGCUUUCUGCAAGAUCCUGGACUCGUACAGGGUGUUUCCCAGAGAGCUGAAGGAGGUUUUUGCCUCAUGGAGACAAGAGUGUGGUAACCGGGGGCGACCAGACAUCAGUGAACGCCUCAUCAGUGCCUCGCUCUUCCUGCGUUUCCUUUGUCCGGCUGUGAUGUCACCAUCACUGUUUGACCUGAUGCAAGAAUAUCCUGAUGAGCGCACUGCGAGAACGCUGACCCUCAUCGCCAAGGUCAUCCAGAACCUCGCCAACUUCAGCAAGUUUGGCACUAAAGAGGAGUACAUGCUCUUCAUGAAUGACUUUGUGGAGCGACAGUGGAGCAGCAUGCAGCGGUUCUUGCAGGAGAUCUCAAACCCAGACAGCCUGAACCACACUGCAGGCUUUGAUGGCUACAUUGACUUAGGCCGAGAGCUGUCCAGUCUGCAUACCCUGCUAACCGAACUAGACCAGUCCUCGCUGAUGAAGCUCGGCCCUCUUCCUCGCAUCCUGAGGGAGGUCUCAGUCGCUUUGGCUAACCCAGUGGGUGGGGCUAAUCCUGGGGGUGUGACUGUAUCAUUUCCCGAGUCUCAACAUGCGGUUUCUCCGCCUCCUGUGUCUCUGCCACUCUCUCCUCCACUGGCAUCCUGUAAUCCAUCGGUGGGCCUGCAGGGUGGCGUUGGACUGGACGGCAGUUCGGUAGAUUUCACAAGACUUCCUUCUCCUACUCCAGAAAACAAAGACUUGUUCUUUGUCACCAAAGGAUCCAGCCUGCAGCCUACAGCAGGGCUCCAGGGGUCUCCAGCACCAAGCUCCUCCUACUCAGAACCCAAUGAGAAUGAGCCGGGGUUUGAACUGACCAAUGGUGGCCAGAGGGAGGGGCCUGAGCUGACCACGGAGAGCCGCAGUCUUUCUCUGGUUGACCUGCAGGACUCCUCCCCAAGUGACGGCCUGGAUGACAGUCAAUGGCAACGCAGAACUGGACUCCUCCCCCUCUCUUUUCAGAACCCUGUUUAUCACAUGACAACCACAUCGCCACGGCAACCUCAGUCUCAGAAUGAUGCCACGCCAUCUGACAGCUCCGUCGGGUCUCAGGGCAAUGCCGACGAGAAGAACGCCAUGAUGACCAAGUCGGCUUUCCUGACCCAGAUGUCUGUUGGGUUGGGAGGAGGUGAACGGGGAGAGAGGAUGUCAGCGCUGUCGAGCAGCAGCAGCGGAGAGGAGUAUUCCCGGCGGGCGCUCUCCCUCUCUGAGCCACUUCCAGGAAGUUCUGCCCCCCCUCGCCAGAACUCAUCAGGCCCUCAGCGUCGCAUUGACCAACCACCUCCCCCAUCCUCUGCUCCACCGGGACCACCUCGCGGUCGAACACCUCCCACCAUGGUCCUUGGUGGGGGGAGCGCCGCCUAUCCACCUCGCCCUGCAUCUGGCAGUAUGAUGUCUUCAAGCCCUGAUUGGCCAAGCAGCAGCCAGUCACGGCUCAGGCAGACAUCAUCAUCCUCUAAAGGAGACAGCCCAGAAAAAAGACCUGCUACCAAGGCUCCUCUUUCUACUGGAUCUGGACUGGGUUUAGAUUCUUUCUCAUUCUGUGUUCAGUACCACCAGGAGAUCGCUUUGCUACAAGAGAAGCUAAGAGUCGCAGCACUGAGGCAAGAAGAGUGUGAAGCCAGACUGCUGGUCCAAGACCAGCAGAACCAACGCAUGCUGCAAGAGUACCAGGUCAGGCUGGAGGACACAGAAAGCAGACUGAGGAGACUCCAAGACGACAAAGACCUCCAGAUGAACAGCAUCAUCAGCAGGUUGAUGGCUGUGGAGGAAGAACUGAAGAAAGACCACAAUGACAUGCAGGCUGUGGUUGACUCCAAACAGAAGAUCAUCGAGAACCAGGAGAAGAGGAUCGCCAGUCUGGAUGCUGCUAACAGUCGUCUGAUGGCAGCGUUGACUCAGCUGAAAGAACGCUACGGUGUGACAACACAACGCAACGGCCUGUCACCGAGCAACACCUCGUCCCUGCAGAUCACCGAGAACGGAGAAUUCCGCAACUCUGGGAACUGAGUGUGCAACAAUGGCGACAUGCUGCUGAGCUCUGAUUGGCUGUGACUGCAGCGGGGGAGAAGGGGUGUGUCUG